GGGGGAUCGCGACCGGGAUCGGGGGGAUCCGGAACAGGGCGGGACCCGGGUGGGCACCGGCGGCACAGGAACCGUGCCGGCGGUGCCGGGACGGGAUGGACGCCGGCGGUGCCGAUCCGAGGCCACCGGGCCAGCGCGUGGCAGAUGCCACCAGGGCCACACUGGCACCAGGCAGCCACGACCAGUCAGGCACCGGCAGCACCGGUGUGGGGACAAAUCACCAGAACCAGGCAGAUACCAGCAGCUCCAAACCAACGCCGGGGCACCGGGACGCGGCAGUCACCGGGAGCGCCGAGUUGGGAACACGACGCCAGGACACGGCAGAUGCCGGCAGCGCCGAACUGGCCCCGUGGCACCAGCACGAGGAGGGUGCUGCCGCCAAGCCGAGCCGGCACGACGGUGAAACCACCGGCGAGGUCCCGGCAGCGGGCGCCCGGCCUUUUCGGUGCGGGGCGUGCGGGAAGCGGUUCGGGGCGAGCGCCACGCUGACGCGGCACCAGGCGCUGCACGGUGCCCAGCGCCCCUUCUCCUGCGCCGAAUGCGGCCGCGACUUCUGCGACCGGGCGGCGCUGGCAACGCACCGGCGAGGGCACACGGGCGAGCGGCCCUUCGCCUGCGCCGAGUGCGGCAAAACCUUCGCCGGCAGCGCCGGGCUGCUGGUGCACCAGCGGGCCCACACGGGCGAGCGGCCCUUCGCCUGCGCCGAGUGCGGGCAAACCUUCGCCCUCCGCUCCGCGCUGGCCCGGCACGCCCAGACCCACACGGGCGAGCGGCCCCACGCUUGCGGCGACUGCGGCCGUCGCUUCCGCCAGCGGGCCCACCUGGCCCGGCACCGUCUGGCGCACACGGGCGAGCGGCCUUUCCCCUGCGGCGAGUGCGGCAAAGCCUUCGCCCUCAGCGCCACGCUGCUGCGGCACCGCCUGGUGCACAGCGGCGAGCGCCCGCACCGCUGUCCCGACUGCCCCCGCGCCUACACCCAGAGCGCCUACCUGGCCCAGCACCGCCGCAGCGCCCACGCCGGCCCACGGCCCCACGCCUGCCCCGACUGCCCGCGGGCUUUCGCCGACCGCGCCAACCUCCUACGGCAUCGCCGGGGUCACGCCGGCACCCGGCCCCACGCCUGCGGGCAGUGCGGGCGGCGCUUCGCCCAACGCGCCAGCCUGGUUGAGCACGGCCGGCGGCACACGGGCGAGCGGCCCCACCGCUGUCCCCAGUGUCACCGGGGCUUCCGGCAGCGCUCGGCGCUGCUGCGGCACCGGCGGGCACACGCCGGCGAGCGGCCAUUCCCCUGCGCCCACUGCGGCCGCCGCUACAGCCGCAGCUCCAACCUCCUCCUGCACCAGCGGGUGCAUGCGCCCGAGUAGCACCCAGGGGUGCUGCCGGGGGGGGG